ACAUUCUUCACUCCAGCUGAUCGGCCUUGGCUCCGGGUGCGGACCCUCGGAUUGUCCGCGGCCGUUUUCUCACAAAAAUUGUGUUGUCUGUUUCAUCUUUGUUGUGGCGGCCGCUCGUGUCGGCAAAGCACGCCAACCUGUCUAUUUAUUUGGACAAAGGAGUACCGAGGAAAGUGGAUUUUCUCAGCCCGUAGCUGGUCGAGGAACCUCCUCAUAUUGAACAGGCCGCAUCUCCAUCCCCGGUCUCACCUAUUUGGACCUACCGACUCUUUGGAACUAUGGGGGACACAGGCAGUGAACGCAGCAAGCCGCCCAGCAUACCUCCCCGCUGUCCCUGUGGAUUCUGGGGGUCCAGCAAAACCAUGAACCUCUGCUCCAAAUGUUUUGCUGACAUUCAGAAAAAGCAGGCAGACGAGGACUGCGCCCCCGGACCCUCCCCCAGCAGUAGCGGCAGCCAAUCGGCGGUCUUCUGUAGCGAUAUGAGCAGCAGCAGUAGCCAAUCCCUGUCGUCGACGCCUGUCAGUUCGGAGGAGCCGUCGUCAAAGGACACAGGAGCCACUUGUUCCACUACUCCGCAGGGAGCUUCCAGCACAGACACAGUCCACAGCGCACUGUCCACGCCCACAAAACGCUCCUGUGACUCGGCCUCGGGGUCGGAGAGCGAGGCCUCGCCGGAGAAGCGGUCGAAGCCCGAUGACGACGACCCGGUCGCCGAGGAGACGCGCGGCGGCCCCAAGCAGAGGAACCGCCGGCGCUGCCACCGCUGCCAAACCAAACUGGAGCUGGUGCAGCAGGAGCUGGGGUCCUGCCGCUGCGGUGAGUGCAGCUUUACCGGCCUGUCUGUCUGUCUGUCUGUCUCAUUCUCUCUCUCUCCCCCUCUGUCUGUCUGUCUGUCUCUCUCCCCCUCUGUCUGUCUGUCUGUCUCUCAUUCUCUCUCUCUCCCCCUCUGUCUGUCUGUCUGUCUGUCUGUCUGUCUGUCUGUCUGUCUCCCCCUCUGUCUGUCUGUCUUUCUGUCUCCCCCUCUGUCUGUCUGUCUGUCUGUCUGUCUGUCUGUCUGUCUCUCAUUCUCUCUCUCUCCCCCUCUGUCUGUCUGUCUGUCUCAUUCUCUCUCUUUCUGCUCUCUGUCUCUCUCUCUCUCUGUCUCACUCUCUCUCUCUCUCACUCUCUCAAUUUCAAUUUUUUUUUCAAUUUCAAAGUGCUUUAUUGGCAUGACAAAUAUAGGCACUUGUGUUGCCAAAGCAGUGGUUAUAACUCUCAGUGUGUGUGUGUGUGCGCGCGCGCGCGUGUGCGUGUAUGUGUGCGUGCGUGUAUGUAUGUGUGUGUGUGUGUCUGUGCAUGUGCGUGUGUGUGUGUGUGUGUGUGUGUGUGUGUGUGUGUGUGUGCGUGUGUGUGUGUGUGUGUGUGUGUGUUGUAUUGCGUAGCUGUAACAUGCCGAGGGUCUGUCAGUACUCUUGCCCCUGUAACAGUGCUUGAGUUGAGCCAGCUGUAAUAAGUGGUUAUUUUUAAGCAGCAGUAAUUGUGGUGGGUGUUAAUUGAAGCACGCUCACUCGUCGAGCGGAGCUUCUAAUCAGCGCUCGCUGAUGUCAGGAGUAUGAUGUGUAUUAAUGAACGCAUUAGAUGGCAUAAUGAGCGUUUGUUUUUGACAAGGGUUUGAAUAAGCUGCCUAAUAAGGCGACGUCUGUUGGAGGAGCGUGUCUUUAGAAACGGCUUCACACCGCUCUGACUUCCCUGCUGGACGUCUCCACUGCGGCGCUGAUCACUGGGGUGUGUGUGUGUCUAUGUCUGUUUGUCUGUGUGUGUGUGUGCG